GCUGGUAUGAAUCAUAUGGACCUAAUAGAGUCAUAGUAAGAGAGGGUCAUAUGCCUGAUGCAUUCUACUUCAUUCUAUCCGGUUCGGCUCUGGUGAGUGUACCCACGCCCGGGGAAGUCAAACCUAAGAUAUUGGCCAUCUUACUACGAGGUGACAGUUUCGGGGAAUUAGCUAUUCUGAAUCAAAGCAAGCGUACAUCAACAGUUACCACUAGGGAGAAUGUCGAGAUGUUCGUCAUUUCUGCAGAGGAUUUUACUAAUAUCGUGAUGUCUGGAAACAGUAAGAUGCUUCAAGAUCCGGGAACAGCGACAUUUAUGAGGAGUGUUGAGUUCUUGAAGGAAUGGCCGCUGAAUAAAAUCGAAAACAAUCCAAAGAAAUGCGUCUUCAACUUCUUCAGGAAAGACACGGUCCUCGUAAGAGAUAGCAAGUUGUCUGAAUGGAUCUAUGUCGUCAAAUCGGGAAGCUGUUCUGUUCUGAAGCAACUAAAGAACGUCGAACCCGAACUUUAUCCUAAGAAGCGGGAACCAAGUAAAGAUGAGAGAGCGACGUCAUCAAGGCACAAGCAACUCCUAUUGGAUCGAGAACGUUCAUUCACGAAUCGCCGGAUGAUUGCCGCGCGUGCGCAGAGGGAAUCACUGUAUAAUCGAGGAAUGGAUCUACCCUAUCUCAUGAUGAACGAGGAGCUGACGGAAGGACUUGCACCAAACAGGAAUAGGAGUACCACCAUUCUUGCUGGUGAAGAUGGGACGGACAAUAUCGAAGAGCAAAAGAGAGAGGAGAAAUGGAUGGAAGAGCUGGAAGAAGGUGGCGCCCUCAACGACAUGAAGGAGAGUUUGUUGUAUCCGUUGAUUGAAGUUGAGAGGAAAGACGAAGGUAUGAUAAUCGCUCACUAUGUAACUCUUGAAAGAAAGAAGAAAAAACACUAUUUUAGGAAUAUCACGUGAUGUGAAGUCACUCAUGAAUAAAGAAGUUCCACAUGUUUUAGUCUUGUAGAAAAAGAAUACACAAUUAAACUAUUUCAUACAACACCUACGUGGAUCCUUGUCAUUUGAUUGGAGGAUUGUUGGUCACAUGAUAUUCAAUAGAUGUUCUAUUGCACGGGCGUGAUUUUGCUUAUAUUCGCCGUGCAUUUUUGGUUAUAUGCAGACUGCGUACCUCUCUGCCGUAUC